AUGACUUACCACAAGAUGAGGCUUAUCAAUCGAGAAUAUUCCAUUCGUAUGAAAAUCAACAUCUUGAAAACCACUCAUAUUGAUAUGUCCUCGACUCAUGAUAAGACUUCUUUCUUGUUUUAUUUGACUUUUAUGAGAGCUCAACGAUUGUAUGCAGAAGGCUUACUCGACAUGAAUCAUCCUUUCAUCUAUCAAGAUAGGAAAACAAUCUCUGAUUUAUUGAGUCAGCAACACCCUAAUGUGGCAUUACCACAAAUGUUUGACGAUCCUGUGAAACUGAACGAUGAUACGACGUCCAAUAGCAACACAAGUGAAGAAAUUGUUGAAGAACAGUUGAUUCCAUCUUGGGAUGCAUUAACAAACCAAGAGUCCCUUUCUGAUGAAUUCUUGAGCUCGACCAUUCAAAAGAUGGCUACUGAAACGAUCAACAAAUCUCUAGCUAAGACGAAGAAGGUAAAGAAAACACCCUUACGAGCGAAUUAUGAUGCAAGUGCUAAAACAAAUAAUGAAAAUUCAACCGAAACAGUGUAUAACUAUAUCAUACCUUUUGAAUUGUUUACAUUAUCCACUUUUCCGGAAGCCGAUCGAAAUAGAGCUUUGGGAUCGGACCAACUUAUUGAAUAUAUUGGAAAAAACACUUUAUUGGAAUCUUUAAGCUUAUGUCAGCUGAGAGACGAUCAAUUAUUGGUCGUUUUUUCAUGCUGUCCAAACCUCACCAAGAUGAGAGCCAUUGAUUGGGAUUCAUUUCACAUGGACCGAAUGCCUGCGUUAUCCAAGUUGGAGACCAUUGAGAUUUUCAAUUGUUAUUCGGACUCAUUCUUUGAGUCUCAUGAGUUUUUGGAUAACAUUAGAACAUCAAGUCCACUCACAAAUAUUAUCCUCUCUCUGUCGGACCUAUCUGAAACAGAUGCAUCUACAGUUUCAAUGUGGAGAGGUGCGUCUAUCUUUUAUGGGAAAAAGCAAAUUCAAACAAGAAGCAAUGAUUGCAAGAUCACUGUAAAUAUUAAUCAUAUUUCGGAUACAGACUACAUAUCUGACAUUAUUGAGGCGCUCACACAACUGGCCUAUUUCAAAAGAGAUGGUCUGUCCUUCCAUAGACUCGUACAACGUUUAUGUAGGGAAAAUAUCUUGUGUGUCAAACAAUUAAUGGACACUUUGUUUAGAGACUUUAUGAUUCCUUUGGAAUGCAUUGGUGGAAAACACAGACUCCCAGCAGCAUUGUUUGAGUAUGCUGUAUAUUUGGCUAAUACUUACCAAAAUGGAAGAUUUUUGAGUAGCCAAGCAGGAAUGGACGAAUUGAAAUCAGCUCUUGAAGCAGGACUUCAAAUUGGUUCGUGUUUGGAAGAAGUUCUCUUUCAGCUUACUCCUGCUUUAAUAGAACCCGCCUUAACAUACUUGAACACUAUUUAUUCACCAAAGAAAAUGGAAUGUCUUGUGAGAUGUUUAUUCCUUCACACUCUACACUUUAGAUCAGACCCUGAUUUCUUUGUACCAGUUCUAGCAUUUAUUGCACAUAACAAUAUUGACACAAGUUUGAUUUUCUCACCCAUUCGAUGCGCAUUGCCUCGUUAUGAAUCACAGAGAAUACGAUUUAUUACCAAUUCAGAGAUGAAAUAUAUUUCCAUUCCAAGUGCUGCCUUAGUUAUGCAAUCCUCAUUUCAAUGUGCAUCCUUGUAUUUGGACUUGAUUUCUCCUGAUCAAUUACUGUAUCAGAAUGAAUUAGGUGACACGUUUUUGCAUAUUCCUCUCGUUUUUGAGGAACAAUUGACAUUGGAAAUUGCCUUACAAAAACAACCCAAGCUGGCUCAUAUUUUAAAUAAUGAGUCACGUUCUGUGAUGCACAUUUUAGCAAGGAGUUACACCAACGCACCAAUUCUUUAUCGAUUAAUUACUCGCUAUCAUGCUGAUAUUUUUCACAAAGACAUGUAUGGCCAAACUCCAUUUGAUGACGACAAUGAAGUUGUUUUGGACAUGAGUAACAAUAAUGUGGUUCUUCUCACGAUCCGAGAUGCAAAAGGAUAUUUUGCUUUUAAAUAA